GCUAAGUGGAAAGUUUAUGUAGUAAUAAUAAUAUAAACAAACUUUUAACAAAUUAUAAAAAAUGAAUAAUAAUAAUAAUAAUAAUAAUAAUAAUUGCGAUAAAUCAUAUUGGCAAGAGGUUUUAUUUACUUACACCAAAGCUUUGAUGUCAAUUCCAGAGUCAUAUAUAUUUAAUAACAACACAAUAAAUCUACCCAGUUAUUUUUUAAAUAUUUUUUCAUAUGACAGUAAAUUAAUAAUACCAGAAAUCCUAUUUUACAAUAACAAUUUACAUAAUAAUAUAGAUAAUAAUAACAGUAUCACAGCCUCGGAUAAUACAGCAUCAAAUUAUGAAAUUGAUGGAGAAAAUUCAAACAUCGAUGUGGAUUCAAUUGAAGAUGAACCUAUUAUUGCAUUAACAAGGAAUGUUAAAUCAGCUGGUUUAAAAUUUCCAAUCGAUGAAACCAGUGACAAUAUAGAUAAUAUCAACAUAGAAAAAAAUAAUAAUAAUAAUAACAAUAAUAAUAACAAUAAUAAUAACAAUACAGAUAAUUUUAAUUAUGAUGAAAUUUUAAAUAUAAAAAUUAAAUAUUCUGUAAAAAAUCUAUUCAAUAAAAUUGAAAAUAAUAUAUUUUAUAAUAAACUACAAGAUUUUAUAGAUAAUUUAUUAUAUAUAUUUCAAAAAAAUAAUAUUUUUAUAAUAAAAAAUGGAAUAGAAACAGAAUUACCCAAUAUUGAAAAUUCAGCACUGCAUAAAAUAAUUAAUUUAUUGACACACAAAAUCACAAAUGAUCAAACUAUAUUGAAACAAGUUUUGACAAGUCGUAACUCAAAGAAAAGAAAACCACUGACAAAUAGAAUCUUUAAAAUAAUUGAAUAUAAAGAUAAACAGCAACAGCAACAAUCAAAGAGACCUAAGGUUGCCAAAGAAGAGAAAAUUAUUGAAAAGCCAUUAAAAGAAAUUAAAAAAGAAGAGAAAUAUAAAGAAACAAGGAAUUUAUUUGAUUCGCUAUCGGAGGAUGAAAAGAAGGCAUUCAAAUUUGACUAUAUAUUAGAAAACAUUACACCACCUCCAAAAACUGAAAGCUAUCAUCACUCUCAGUUACCUCAAUAUGCAUUAGUGGAGCCAAUUUAUUUAAAUCAAAAAAAGAAAUUGUAUAAUUACCAAAAACUAUCACUACAAAGAAUGAUCGAUAGAGAAAUUAAUAUAAAACAGUAUGCAGAUCCAAGGUGGAAAGUAGUACAUGAUGCAACUAGCGAUGACGGUGAAAUGGAAAGGGAUGGACUAUUACUAAUUGAAAAUCUUCUAACUGGCGAAAGAAAAAAGGUCGAGGAAUUACCAAAACUAAAUGAUAUUAGAGGCGGCAUCCUAUGUGAAGAGAUGGGUACUGGUAAAACUAUUAUUUGUAUAGCAUUAGUAUUGUCAACUUUGGGUUCCUAUUCAAGAGUGCCAACAAAUAGCCAUAAUUGGUUGGUGCAAUAUCCAUCACAGACCAAACCAAACUCAAGAGAAAUUAAAUCACUAUCCUACCUGGCCAUGCGUUCUAUAAAGAUGAUGGGUGUACCCUUUUUGGCUUAUCCAAUUUCAGAUGUCAUUAAAAAUGACAUUGGUAAAAUUCCAUCAACUAAAAUCACCAUCAUUAAAAAUUCACAUGGCUACAAUUCAAGAUCAAGCGAAACUGUUCAAAUUAGGGACCUGAUAUGCUCUUCAACCACUCUCAUUAUUGCACCCAAUCCAAUUUUAGAACAAUGGUCAUUCGAAUUAAUGUACCACCCAAGAAUCAAAUAUUUAUUAAUUGAAAAUAAAGACAACAUUCCACCAGCUAGCGAACUUGUAAAAUAUGAUGUUGUUCUAUUGACACAUACAAAAAUUAGUAACUCAAAGAUUUUAUCAAAUAUUAAAUCAAAACAAAAUACCACUUCCUCACUAUACAAAUCAUCUAGAACACAGACAGCAAAUGAAGAAGAUGAUGACGACUAUUUAAACAGUGAUAUCAACCCGCUCCUUCAAAUCUAUUGGUUAAGAAUUAUUAUCGAUGAAGGUCACACCAUAGGAAGCACCAAUUCAAAUCUUACAGAGUUUUCAAAUAUUAUUUUAUCAGAACGAAGAUGGAUAUGUAGUGGUACCCCAAUAUCAUCAUCUCUUUUAAGUCAAGAGUUGAUAAACUUGAAAUCAUUACUAUGUUUUCUUCAGGUAGAACCAUACAAUGACUCAAGCACCACCUAUAGCAAAAUCAUUACCCAGCCAAUUAAUAAAUUUAAAAUUGAAGGUAUUCAAAGAGUUUCAGAGGUUAUGAAUAGAAUUGGAGUUAGAACACCAUUAAAAUCAAUUGAAAACGAUAUAGUAUUACCACCAUUAACAAUCUCCACAAAAAAACUAAACAUGGAACCAAAUCAAAUUUGCCUCUAUAAUGAGCUGGCUUGUAUUAUUUUGACCAAUCUUUUAGCAUCUCAAUAUGAAGGUCCAGAUUCCCUAUACUCGAGCAAAAAUCAAACCUUUGCAAUGAUAGCUAUUAAAAACUUACGUAAAUCAUGUUUCUUUUCCGAAUUUCAAACUGAAGAAAGUAGAAAAAAUACAAGAGAAUCAAUAGAAAAUGCACUUUUAAAAUCAAAUACAGUCAUUCCAUUAAAAGAUAAAUACAAACUAUUAUCAAUUUAUAAUUAUUUUAAUUUUAUUUCAAAAAAGCAUCAAGAUUAUUUAAAUAAAUUUAAACUACCAAUCAAUAAUUUAAAUAGUAUAAACAAUAUUAGUAAUAAUGAAAACAAUAUAGAUAAUAUUGGUACCAAUACUGUAGAUAAUAGCAGUAAUAAUAGUUUAAUACCCGACAUACAAAACAAAACCAAAAAAAGAGUUCAAUUUAAUAUUGAUGAAGAAAAAGAAAAAGAAAAAGAAAAGGAAAAGGAAAAGGAAAAGGAAAAGGAAAAGGAAAAGGAAAAAGAAAAAGAAAAAGAAAAAGAAAAAGAAAAAGAAAAAGAAAAAGAAAAAGAAAAAGAUACCAAUUAUUUAACAAAUAUUAUUAAAGAUAAUGAUACAGUUAAAAAAAUUAAAAAGAAUGAGGAUGCAUCAGAAAAAGAAAAACAUCAACAAAUACAAGAAGAAUUUAAAUCAUGUAAAUUAGAAUAUUUAAUUCAAAGAUUGGAAGAACUAGACGCAAAGGAAGAUCCAAUUAAGACAAUAGUAUUUACACAAUUUAAUGAAACGCUAUAUGAAAUCGAAUGGUCAUUAAAAUUUAAAACCAAUUUAAAAUAUUUAGUUUACAAUACACAUCAAUCAUUACGUGAAAGAUCCUCAACCAUCAACUCUUUUCAAACCAAUCAAGAUUAUAAAAUUAUUGUAAUGAAUGUAGAUUUAGCUGCGUAUGGUAUCAAUUUGACUGCUGCAAAUCAUAUUAUUUUCGUUGACCCAAUACCAAUAUGGAAUAUCUCAAAAGAAAGACAAGCAAUCAAGAGAGCUCAUCGUAUAGGUCAAACUAAACCAGUUACAGUUGAGAAAUUGAUUAUCAAUAAUUCAAUUGAACAAACAUUAUUUAAUUUAAAUAAUUCAGAUGAUAAUAAUGACUAUAAUAAUAUAGAAAACAAUAAUAUUAAUGAUGAUAAAAACAACAUAGAUAGUAAUAAUAUUAUAGAUAAUAGCGGUAUGAAGGAAGAGUUUUUAUUUAUGCAAGAUAAAAAAGAAGAAAAUUCAAAAAAAUUAAGAACAAUUUUAAAAUCAUUACAACCAAUUCCAGAUAUUAAUUUUAAAGUGGUAAAUGAAAACGAAUUUAAUGAUUUUAUGGAAAAAUUAAACAAAUCAAAAAAAAUAGAAUCUCCGAUAAUAAAUAAAUAA